GACCGUCCAAACAUGAUGACCCAGAUGGUGGGACCAAGGUGAUUAUGUGGAUUGUCCCGUGAAGAAGGGAGAGGAGCCCAGUUCAGGAAAGUCAGAUAUAAUUUUUUAAAUUAAAAAAUAAGAAUGGUACUGUCCAAUCAGCUCUUGGUACAACUUUCUCCUCUCUAAAGGCUCCUCUCCUAUUUAUUUGAUUCCCUAUCAUGCUGCCAUUUUAUUUUCUCAACUUUGCUUGUCUAACCAUAAUAAUAAUCCUGUUUAAUUAACUAAAGGCUAGCUUCAUAACUCUUCCCCUCACCCCACCAAAACACCCCCUUUAGUUUCCUGGUAUUCUUCUUCCACGUAGGUUUAAUUUGGAGGACACAAGAGUUUUCAAAGCAUCAUUGGUGGUGGAUUGAAAGACUUGGUGAGUGACAUCGUACACAUGGGAAGACACUCUUGUUGCUACAAACAGAAGUUACGGAAAGGCCUUUGGUCUCCAGAGGAAGACGAGAAGCUUCUCAAUCACAUCACCAAACAUGGUCAUGGAUGUUGGAGCUCGGUUCCCAAACUAGCUGGUUUGCAGAGAUGUGGGAAGAGCUGCAGGUUGAGGUGGAUAAAUUAUCUAAGGCCUGAUUUGAAGAGAGGAGCAUUCUCACAGCAAGAAGAGAACAUGAUUGUUGAACUUCAUGCAGUUCUUGGAAACAGGUGGUCUCAGAUUGCAGCACAGUUACCAGGAAGAACAGACAAUGAGAUUAAGAACCUAUGGAACUCGUGCCUGAAGAAGAAGCUGAGGCAAAGAGGUAUUGACCCAACCACACACAAGCCACUCUCUGAGGUUGAGAACGACAAGGACAUGAAUAUGAUGCCACCCUCAACCGACAAAAGCACUCAGAAAGCCUCUGUGGGAUCCAAUGAAGUAGUGAGUAAUUUGGUUGAUCAUCAUCAGCCACCAAAAACCAUGCCUAAUUCUUCAUCAGAGAGAUACCCUCUUGAAGUUUCCACUACUAGUUCCACCCAGGAACUGUUCCUAGAUAGGUUUGGCACCACCACCACCACCUGCCACGAAAACAACAACAACAACACUUCUGAUUUGGUAGGAUCAUACUUCUCCUUCCAGCACUUGAACUAUGGAACAACAACAAGCAUGGCCCUCUCUUCAAACCCCAACACCUCUCUUUGUUUCAUUCUACCCUCCACUUCUUCAGACAUUAAUAAUAACAACUCCAUCAUAACCUCCUCCUCCAUGCUCCCUUCAAUUUUCCCAACACAACAUGUGAAGCUCCAAUCUAAUAACAACAACCCUUCUUCCAUUUCAUCUGAUGGGGUUCAAAACUGGGAAACAAGUAACAACACAAACAAAAACAAUGGGAAUAUGCAGUUACAAAGUAGCACAAACUACCUUGACAGCACGUGGGGGGUGGCAGAGUCUAUGAAGAUUGUUAACAUUAACAAAGAGGCUCAAGUAGUGCCUCUACAAGCAGAACAAGAAGAUCUAAAAUGGUCUGAGUAUCUUAACACCCCGUUUAUUCUGGGAAACAACACAGCGCAGAAUCAUCAAAUUCAAACCUCUCAAUCUAUCUACACUGAGGUUAUUAAACCAGAAACAGGUUUCAUAAUAGACGAGUCAUGUACUAGUAAUUGGCACCAUCAUCAGCCACCACCAGCUUUUCAACUUUCCGAUAUAUAUAGCAAGGAUCUGCAGAGAUUUUCAGUGACUUUCGGACAAACCCUGUAACGUGUGUGUACGUAAUUAAUAUAUGUGGAAACUUCAAUUCAACGAAAGAGACAAAGAUGUUGCUGCCGACUUAAUUUUCCAAUAUGAUGAUGAUCCAGGUCAGAAUUUUCUCUAGUCAGUUCUGACCACAGGUGUGUGCUAUAAAAAAAAAAUUACUUUCUUUCUUUCUAUAUUGUAAAUUGUGUUACAGUGUAAUAUUUGUGAUUAAUUCCAGCUUCUUAUUCCACCCACCAUUUUGUUAAUCAAACAUUUAUGUAGAGGCGCUACUGCUGAAUAAGGCUUGUUCCAAUCCAAGGCUUCUCUUCUCCUCUUACAAAAUAUUCUUCAGUUGUUAAUUAUGGAUGUGUAGCUUGUGAGUUGUGAGUUUUUUUUUUUUUUUUUUAAUUCGUGUGUACACAGUUGACAGCAUUAAUUGUUAUACAUUUUUUUUUACCUUAAUUCAAGUUUCAAUGUUGUUAUUUUGUA